GAGGACAAUAAAAGCUCCGUCCUUCGGCCACCUUUUCACAGUCUGUGGCAGUCAGAUCCCGAGUUGUGUGCACGUCUGGAAAAACAUAAAUGAAACACAAAAUCCCAAAGUGCAGUCAGGAAAAGUGUACUUUCUAUUGUAAUUAGAGUGAAAUCGGAGUAACCAAAAGGUUCAUGAAGUUGGAAGUGUUUAACGAAUAAAUUGAUCAGAAUGUCUAUUUGGAUGUAGGCUUCUGGGCAGCUGACUGGACUCGAUUGGAUUCGAUUCGGGCUGGGCGUUCGGAAGACAAGGUCCAAUGCUAAUAUCCCUAGAAAGCACAUCAACGGAAAGUACAGCUGCUAGAGAGAAUUGAAGGAGGAUCCACCGAUACACGUCGAUACAUACCUACCUACCUAUAUACUCGUAUACGUCUCGAGUGGGGGAGACUCAGAGCCAUGGCGCCAUUUAAGCUGAAGUUCCGCAUGGGCAGCUCCCGGAGCACAUCGCAAGAGCACGACCCGGACCCGCAGGUGAACGAGGCCCUCUUGGGCAACCAGCAGCAGCAGCAGCAGCAGCAUCAGCAACAACAAGAGCUGCUCCAGCAACACGUGGUGGAGGCCAGCAGCAGCUCCAGCCUAGACCUGGCCGACUGCAAUGGCCUGGGUCCGAUGAGCAGCGAGCGAAAGCUCCUGUUGCCACAGAAUAAGGCCCUGAACCUGAACAGCAACAGUAUGCGUUACCUCAACCAGAGCCGCACGCCGUGCAUCAACGAGUCGCUGACGGACACUGACGCCGACAUUUUGCCCACCACCCCACCGCCUUCCUACGAGCAUGUGCUAGAGGAGGACACGCGCUUGUCCCAGCAUCAGCGACAGGUAUCCCUGGACAGCGCCGCCACGCCCAACCAGAACAGUCGCAGGAGCUCGGCGAACAGCUCGCGGCACAGUGCGGCCCAGCUCAGCGCCGCCUUGGAGGAGCAGCUGGAGGGGGGGGACAGCAGCAGCAGCACCAGUAGCAGCCUAUGCAACGAUCCGGACUGCCAGCAGAACCAGCAGAAUCUCAACCAGAACUACUCGCAUUGUGGCGGCAGCAACAUCAGCAACAGCAACAACAACAACAACAACGAGGGGGAACCGAUCGCCGAGGGAGUGUUCGAGCUGGAGCAGCAGAGCGACACGGAGUUUGACUGCCCGGAGGACGACCUCAACACGAUUAGCGUGAACGAGUUUCUGCUAGAAACGGAAAUGGCGGCAUCCUCCCGGUGCACGGAGAAGCUCUACGCCGGCGAGGAGGAUGGGGAUGAUGCAGAUGGCCAGUGCACGGACGACCAGUGUGCCCAGUGCAGCGAGGAGCGUGGAGCGCAGGGGGAGGAAGGGGCUCUCGACGGGGACGAGGCCAGCACCAGCAGUCAGGCAGCAGCAUUCUAUGACCCUCUCUUGAACCGCGGCAGCUACAACUACAACGAGGGUGGCAAUUCCAAUUCAAGGCCCGUCUCCAGCAAUAGCCAGCAGUGCCAGGAAGCCUGCUGUGUCGGCUCCGCCUCUGGCUCGGUGGCUUCCCGUUCCCGCAGCGGACGUCGCCAGCAGCAACUUCAGCAGCAGCAUCAGCAACCCAAUUGCCACACCAAUCUUCUCACACCGGAAAUGAUGAGCAACAAGACGAGCAAGGAGAUAUACAAGGAUCUAGCCAAGCAAUGGGGCAUCACAUGCAAAAUGUCCGAGAGCUGUCGGUGCAUGGACUGCCAGAGUAAUUAUUUCGACUGCGAUUACGAUGAUAACGAGCACCAUAAGACAGACGGCGGCUUGGGCGCCGGCACCCCCAUGUUCAUCAGCGAGGUAAUGCACGGCUCUGGAUGCACCAUUUUGUAGAGCGAGACCCGGAACCCAGUCCCUCUGGUGGGCUAUAGAUUUGCUGAACAGAUGUCCCAUUGUCUUAUAGAAUUAGUAAAACAUUAGUCGAAACGAAGCUUCACAAGCUUGUACGAGUAUGUGUAAAACGUUAUAAUACUCCUCCUAUUCUGUACACCCGUACAGAGACCCCGUUGGGAAAGAGAAGGAGCAGCUUCACUUAAUUUGCACUGAAUGUUUGCACACUUUUUUGCCAUACAAGUGCACUGAUAUGUAUAUGUUUGUUAUUCUAGAGUAUCAAGUAAAGUAAUUCAUAGAAUGGAAUGCCAAUUGGCCAGCCAGCGCAAGCGAAAGGGCCUUAAAAAGGUCAAUUGGGAAUGGAAUGUCCCUAAGAAAAGAAAGCGGCGAUAAGUACAUAUAUUUUUGGUGUCGAGUGUAGGACUUAUAGAUAUGUAAGCAAAGCCAAAAUUUUGGGCAACAUUUUGCAAACGAAUCGAAUCAAAUCGAAUCGAAGACGAACUAAUUAUAAUAUAGGCAUUAACCCACCUUGAAGAUGAAAAUAUGAA